AUGACACUCAGCACGCGAACUCUGCCGGUGGCCGAUGCGGGCUCGCUGGGCCGUUUUGAGCCGGCCAAUUCGCUUGACCACUGGGAAGCAGCGGCGGCUGGCGAAGCCGAUGCGGCCAGUAUAGAAUCUGUGGCGACGGCGGCGCGGUAUCUGCGCGAGACGGACGUGCCAGUGGGAUUUCCGACAGAGACAGUGUACGGGCUGGCGGCAGAUGUGACGCGGAGCAGCGCGGUGCGCGGCAUCUUCUCGGUCAAGGGGCGGCCGUCAGACAACCCGCUGAUUGUGCAUGUGUGCGAUCUCGACAUGGUGCGCGGGCUUCUGGGGACGGGCGAAGACGGACAGCCGAGGGAGCUGCCAGCGAUCUACCGGCCGCUGGUGGAGCGGUUCUGGCCGGGGCCUUUGACGAUUUUGCUGGACGUUCCGGAUUCAGGGUCUGGCCGCUGGACGCUCGCGCCCGAAGUGACAGCCGGUCUGCGGACGUUUGGAUGCCGGUUGCCUGACUCACCGCUGGCACGGACGCUCAUCCGAUUGGCACAGGCGCCGCUGGCGGCUCCAUCGGCCAACGCGUCAACGCGGCCAUCGCCGACGACGGCGCAGCACGUGGUAGACGAUCUAGACGGCCGCAUCGUGGCGGUGUUGGACGGUGGGCCUUGUGCGGUGGGUGUCGAGAGCACCGUGGUGGACGGGCUGUGCGAGCCGCCCGUGGUGCUUCGACCGGGUGGCAUCAGCAUGGCACAACUGCGCUCGGUGCCGGGCUGGGAGAAGGUGCAGCGGGCGUACCGAGACCAAAGCGCGGGACAGCCGGUAGACGGGACGACAGCGACGGCUCCACGAGCUCCUGGCAUGAAGUACAAGCACUACAGCCCCAAGGCGCGGGUGGUGCUAUACGAGGCGACAGGCAGCAGCAAUCACGGUGACGGCGGCAUGGUGCAGGAUGUGGUGCGGGAGAUUCGCAGCGUACAGGAGGUCCGGGAGGCUGGCAGCCAGCACGAGGGCGCAACCCGGUCGCUGGUCGUCGGAGUCAUCCGCACAACGACCUGGCCGGCACUCGGACAACUCUUGCGGCCAAUUGGGCCAAUCGGCGGAAAUAGGGGGCAGAAGACAGAACAGGCGCCAGGCCACACUGCCACCUACAGGCUCGAGGCGUUUGCGCUGGACGGCACGACAGCGGCCACAGUGCUGGAGCUGGAUCUCGGGCGCGAUCAGGCCAGCGUGGCGCACGGGCUGUUCUCGGGGCUGCGAGACCUGGACGCACGCGGUGCCGACGUGAUCCUGGUAGAGGGCCUGGAUGACCGGGCAGACGACAUUGCGGCGGCGGUGAUGAACCGGCUGCGCAAGGCGGCCUCUGAAGUGCGGUGA